CUGGAGGCGGUUAGUGCUACUGGCGGCGGAGCGGGUGUUAAAUGAAGAUGACGGUCGUGCAAUCUCGAGAAGCCGCGGGCGGGGCAGAAGCGAAGCUUCCAGAGACGGAGAAAACUCGACGGGCGUUUCCAGUUAAAGAACAGUCAGAGUCAGAAUCUGAAGAAACACCACGGAGUAGCACCGCUGCUCUGCUCAGAAGAAAUGAGCUGGUGGAUUUUUUCCAGCCAGAUGAAGAUAUAAUAACUACUUCAAGUUCAGGAUUUUAUGAUUCUUUGCAAGCUCUCAAAAGAAAAAACAAGCAAUGUUUGUUAGAACUAGGUUUGAUGUAUCAGGCAAAGUUGGAGAACAGCCAUAAGCUAGCCAUAGAAGACAAGGAAUUGGAAAAGUUUUUCCAGGAUAAUGGAAGAUUGACAAUGCCAAUGAAGUACCAUGAAGCUUUGAAAUCUGGUAACUUAAGACGGUACAACUCUUUGACUGACCUUAGCGUGAAUAGCCCAGCCCAUAAGCACAACUAUCACUCAUUUUCUCAGCCCUUUUCAAGGCCAAAGAGUGCCUCUGCUGCAUGGAUCUCCUCUAUUACCAUUCCUCAGCCCUUCAAAAUGACACUUCGAGAAGCUCAGAAGAAGUCCCAGCUGUUAAAGUCGCACACAAUGUUUGAGAAUGCCACGUAUAAGAAGCAAAGUCAAGAAGAAGCUGAAUGCCAAAAACAGUUUAGGGCACAACCUGUGCCUGCCAACAUCUAUCUUCCACUCUACCAGGAAAUAAUGAGAAAAAAUGAAAUUCGCAGACAAGUGGAGAUAGAGAAGAGACAGCAGCUGCUCCUUUCUACACAAAAACCUUUCAGCUUUCAAGAAAAAGAACAAAAGAGGAAGGAGGCCAUCAGGCAGAAGGUUCUCGAAAUAUUGGCUCCUGCUGAGAAAUCAGUACCAAAAGUCAGAAAGAACCCCACAUCCAUUAAUGAACCAAUGUUUGGGGAUAAACUCAAAGAAGCUGAAUUAUUCAGAAAAAUCCGUAUUGAGAUGAGAGCCAAGGAUUUACUCAAAAACUCUUGGGCUCCCAUUGGCAAUAGACAAAAGGGGAAAGAAUCGCAGAUUGCCUCCAGAAACAGAGAGCAAAAGCUCAGCUUUCUGCAGGACAACUUCAGUUUUAAACCAAGAAUUAACACAUCAGUGCCUGAUUUUGAAGGACUUUACUGGGCAUUCCAGAGGAAAGUAAUAAGCAAAAGAGAAAUCAAAGAAGCAACUCACAAUAAACCAUUCCAAUUAAGAACAUCUAAUCUCCGUUGUAAACAUCAAGUGCCUACCCAGAAAAUGACGGAUGGCCAGCAAUCUUCCAAGCCCCCAAUACAAAGAAGCCGUUCUCUGGCUUGUUUGUCUUCCCUUUCGUCCAACACACUUCCAGUCUACAUUACAGAUGCAGUGAGAAAAAGGGAAUCUGCAAUUAAAUCUCUCCAGCAAGACAAAAAGUGCAGGGAGAAUGAAGGCAUUCACUGGGCCGAGCAGCAGAGGAGGAAAUGUCAGGCUAUGCAGAAAUCUGUGAUACAUCGAGCAAAAGCUAUGGACCCUCAUAAAAGCUUGGAGGAGAUGUACAAGGAGAAGCUGAAACAAAGCUGGCAGAAUGACCGAAAGAGAACAAAGGAGUAUAAAAAAGAACUAGAAGACAUGAAGAUACGAGUGAAAAACAGACCGUAUCUGUUUGAACAAGUAACAAAGCAUAGUGCCAGUCAAGGGGCACAGAGACUCUAUAGAGACACUUUGCGGCAAUUUGGGUUGAAUGAAGAUUUUGUAAGAAGCAAAGGAAGAGAAGCCAUUAACUUAAUGGGGAUCAAGCAGUCUGAAUCAGAAAGCAGAAUUCAGAAGUCCCAAAACAGCACUGAGGAUGCAGCUAUGCACCAACAAUUUCAAGAAGAGCAGAGUAUGCAGGAGUUAACAUAGGAACCCAAGUUAAGUUUCUUCAUGCCUACAGCUAAUUCUUUAAUCAUAUAUUAAUCAUUUAAUUAGACUUUAAGAUUAAGCAACAGCUUCAGCAUGAAUAACUGGAGCUUUUAUAUUUCAUUUACAGUAAAGUAUUUGUGAUCAUGAUGCACAUUGAACGAUGAUAGCUAAUGAGUGUGUUCCUCUAGUGAAACUUGAGCUCAGCUUUGAAUAUCUGCCAAGUACUCAAAAUUGGACUGUGAUGGUAAAGGGGGAGGGUGGGGGAGGAGGUCUGUGUACAGGUGACCCUAAUGUAAUAAUGGACUUCUUGUAAUCUUCAGUACUUCUGUAUUUCUGUAGGUCUGUUACUGGAAGAAGAGGCUAUAAUGAUAGAUUGUGCAGCCACUUUUUUCUAGUCAAAUGCAGACAUGAGCACUGAGCUGGUUUAUGUCCCUGUCUCCUUUGCACUGUUGAAUGUAGAAAACUAGGAUAUUGUACAAUUGUUGAGAACUGAGUUCCAAUCUUACACAUAUAGUCCAGGAUCCCAUUAUGAAAUACUGCAGAUGUACAAAGAGAAGCAAGUCCAAUUGGGAUUAAUGUGUUUUACCUUAUAAAAUUCCAUCCAUUGUUACAGAAGACCUGACUAUUUGUUGCAUUUCAAUAUGAAGAAAAUCCACCUGCAGCUUUUAAAUGAAAUUUGCUCAAGACCAAAAUGUGCAAAUUGAUUGUCCUAAUAUUAAUUUCAAUGAAGACACACAUUUCAAUUAUUUUUAAGCAAAAAUACAAGUCUUAGGAUGCUGUAAAGAGUGACAAGCUCUGUUUUUGCCAUGAAUCUAGUAGCAGCAGUAAUUUUGUCCCCUGCUGUUCAAAAACGAGUAUACUCCUUGAAUCUGAGAUAAAUAAGCUAUUUAUGGAGAUUGGUUAUGAACCAAUGUGUGUUUGACCCUUAAAGAAACCCUCAUUGACAUUUUGUUCAGGACCUUCACUGUACAACUUAGGAAUUGUGAAUUCAUUGAACUCCAUUGAGCAAUCUAUUCUUUAAGCUGACUUUUCUUCAAAUGAUAUAGGGAAUAUCAAUUUUAGAUUUAAAGUUAUGUUCAUUUAACUCCACAAGCCAUUGCAUUUUCUUUUUUCUGUCAGACAAAAGUUAGAACCAGAAUUUCUGAAUUCCUUCAUCCACAUACUAGUCAGUAACAGCCAACAUAUAUACACUCCUGAGAUGCUUUGUGUAUUUUUUGUUUAGUUAAUGCUUUAAAAGUACCUUCCCCAGUGAAUCUGAUUUCCAGAUUCCCUGGAAUUCAAGAUGAAUGCUCCCGUUUGCUGGACUUAUACCCCACUUCCAAUUAGAAGCCACUAAAAUAGCUCUGGCUCAACUUGUAGAAGAUGCCUUAUCGGUAUUCGAUGAACUAGAUUGUAAAGUAUAAGCCUUUAUGAGAUAAUUCAUCUUGUUGUCCUUUAAAAGGUGCUACACAAUGCUCUCACAACAACAAAUUAACAUAGCUACUUCCCUAGAAUUUCUUCUUCCUGGCUUCAUCAAUACUUUUGCAUGUUCUACAGCUAUUGUUAAUCAACCUUAUUUAUAUUUAUGAAAUAUAAUAAACAUAUACAAAUGCAAUAAAUAAAUAAAUAUACAGUUCCAUGUAAUAUUGCCUGGUGUUGAAUUUAGGAAGUAGACUUACAUCCCAUACAUCAGAACACAGACAGAAACUGCAUUAGGAGUU